AUGGCGUCCGGCGGCGCGGACGCGCACGCGAAGGCGGUGUACGCCAGGGCGCAGAAGGCGGAGAUGACGACGUGGACGCGGUUCUCGAGGUACAUCUCGAACCAUCCGAAGUCGCUGCUGAUCUUCGGCGAGGACGACGCGGUCCGGAAGCUGUGCCACUCGAUCCACAACAGUCCGUGGUUCGAGACGUUCAUCUUCCUCGUGAUCCUCGCGAGCACGAUCGUGAUGGCGUCGCAGGACAUGAGCGACCGCGGAUCAAAGGACGCCGGGAUCGCCGCGUUCGAGGUGGCGUGCACCGCGCUCUUCGCCGCGGAGGCGGCGAUCAAGAUUAUCGACCAGGGGUUCUGGUUCGCGAGCAGGACGUACAUGCGAAGCGGGUGGAACAAGUUCGACUUGGCGCUCGUCGUCGGCGCGCUCGCCGCGCUCGUGUGGGAAUCGGUCGGGUCGCAGUUUCUCGCGCUGCGCGCGUUUCGAUGCUUCCGACCGCUGCGCGCGAUGAAGUCGUUCAGGGACGGGCAGCUCCUGAUGCGAACGUCGUACACGGCGAUUCCGCUGCUGCGCGACGCGAUCAUCUUCCUCUUGUGGUUCGUCGUCGUCGCGACGUGCGUCGGCGUGAUGGUCUUCGGGGGACGGUUGAACGGGCGCUGCUCCGCGACGGAUGGCGGCGGCGCGUGCCCCGCGGAGAGCGCCGUGGCGGAAUCCGGCGACGUGUGCGACCCGCGCGGGCGCGGCGCGGGGUGCGACGACGGGAAACUGUGCUGCGCGAGCGAGCAUCGACCGCUGGAGGACUACGUCUCGUUCGACGACUUCAGCGAGAGCGUGAUUCUCGUGCUCCAGGCGAUCACGAUCGACGGGUGGAACGAGGUGGCGAGGCAAGCCGCGGACGGCGCCGGGCUGGCGCGCUCGGCGCCGUUUUUCGCGCUCAUCGUCUUCUUCGGCGGGUUCUACGUCCUGCAGCUCUUCGCGUCCGUGAUGAUCAUCACGCUGUCGCACUGCACGGACCAGAUGGUCGAGGAGGACGAGGAGAACGCUCGGAGGGAAGCGCUCGGGUUGCCGCCGUCGGAGAACGUCAAGUUUUCCCCGCAGGAGGACAAGCUUCGUAAGAUUGCUCUGUGGGUCAACGACAAGUGGGAAAAGUUCGUGGAGUGGUCGCACGAGAACAUGGAGGGCAUGCGCGUGGAGGAACGCGUCGGGGACGACGGGAAGACGCGAAGGGUGAAGAAGAGCGUCUUGCCCCCCGCGAUCUUACUGCAGUGCCGCAGGCUGCAGCGGUUCGUCUCGCACCGGUAUUUCCAGCGGUUCAUCUUCACGAUCAUCAUCUUGAACACGAUCACGAUGGCGAGCAACGCGUACGGGAUAUCCCGCUGGUGGGCGUUCUUUCUGUACGCGUGCGAGACGACGUUCACCGGGAUCUUUAUCUUGGAAUUCCUCCUGAAACACCUCGCGUACGGGCCGGUGCAUUACUGGCUGAACCGAUGGAACGUCAUCGACGGCGUCGUCGUCGUCGCCGGCAUCGUCGAGCUCGCGAUGGGGGGCGAGUCCGGCGCCAUGGCGUUGCUCAGAAUGCUCCGCGUCCUGCGGAUCGUCGCCGGUCUGAAGUCCCUGCGGAGAGCGCGCGCGUUUCAGCAAGUCUUCGCCGCCAUCGGCAACGGCGUCGUGCGCAUGGCAUCCUUCGGCAUCAUCUUCGUCAUGUUCAUCGCCGUCUUCGCCAUCCUCGGGAUGCAGCUCUUCGGCGGCGUCGGCGAGCUCGGGGAGUCGCGGUAUCACUUCGACACCUUUGGCGCGGCGUUGCUGACGUUGUUCGUCAUCUGCACGGGCGAGAACACCUUCGAGGUGGCGUACUUGAUGAUGAGGGAAUCCGGGACGUACAGCUCGUUGUUUUACAUCGUCGUCUGGUCGUUGCUCUCGACGUCGCUGCUCGCGCUCGUGCUCGGGGUGUUGAUCGAAGCCGCGGCGCGCCCGCUCGCGAUGCUGGACGAUGACGAGGAAGAGAAGCCGGACGUGGAGUACACGGUGGAGCACACCCCCGAGGACGGGUCGCCGGCGGGGAAGGAGGGGUUGCCGGCGAAGAAGGAGGGGUCGCCGGCGGGGAAGGAGGGGUCGCCGGCGACGGCGAAUUGGGAGUCGGCGAAGCGGAAGGCGCUUCGCGGCGGCGAGGUGAACGGUCACGACCACGACCACGACGACGACGGCAGCGGCACCGGCGGUCGACACCGUCGCCAGUCCAGCGUGACGGACUCGGAAUUGGAGAUGCAGAGGCGCGAGACGAACCGAGACGUCGGGCUGUUCAUGUCCGAGAAGACCACCUUGCUUCACCAGUCGAUGAAAGAUCUGACGGGGAAAGACAGAAUCGUAGAAGCACAGAAGCGCAUAGACCUCCACCAACGACAGUUCGUCGCGGAGACCGCGGCGGUCAGGAUAUGGCUCCUCGAGCUGGACCAGAUGAACGUUUUGAUUCACCCCUCGUUCGAGCACCGCACGAACCGAGGCAAAGCGCUGAAGGCGAAGUACAACGCCGCCGGGUACCAGAUUGACGAACUCAAGAAGGAAUACACCUCCGCGGACCUCGACGCCGCGCGGGACCGUCUCGUGAUGCCGCCGACGAACUUUGGCGCGACGAAAGGCAAAUCACAGUUCGGAUGCGCGGUCGACAAGGCGAUCAAGUUUAGCAUCGGGACGACGAUGAGCCAGUACACGACCGUGGAGGAGAUGUUAAUCAAGAAGAAGGAGAGAAUAGUGCGCGCGAAGAUCGAAGCCGCGGAGGCGGCGGCUGAGGAACCCGCGAAGCGCGCGGAUCGUCUCGAGCUCGAGUGGGUCUCGAGCUACGGCAUCGACCGCGACGACGACAAGGUUCGCUUCGCCUGCCUGAAAAUUGUCGAGCACCGGUGGUUCAAGCGGCUCAUUCUGUUUUUGGUCAUCUUUUCGUCGUGUUUGCUCGCGCCCGAGUGCGACCCGGACUGGCCCAAGGCGAACACCGCGGAGGCGACGUUCGUCGAGUUAGCGGAUAUUUUCUUCAUCGUCAUCUUCGCGCUGGAGAUGUGUCUGAAGAUUAUCGCGUACACGUUCAAGUCCGGCCCCAAGGCGUACACGAAAGACGGCUGGAACAACCUCGACAUGUUCAUCGUCUUCGCGACGAUCAUGACGAAAUCGCUCGAGUCCGUGGGGUCCGAGAGCGGCGACAGCUUGCGCGUGCUCCGCGUGUUGCGCGUGCUGCGUCCGUUGCGAGUCAUCAAGAACGUCCCGUCGCUGAAACUCGUCAUCGACGCGACGUUGGUUUCGUUGCCGUCUAUUUUGACCGUGUGCGCGUUGGGGGUCGUGAUCAUGAUAAUCUUGGGCGUUCUCGGGAUGACGCUGUUCAAAGGGCAGUAUUACUCGUGCACGGUGAAGACAAACGACGGAGGGACGAAGGCGACGUGCGAAGCCGCGGGCGGAGAGUGGCUAAACACCGCGAUCAACUUCGACAACAUCGGUCAAGCCUCGGUCGCGAUAUUCAUAAUUUCCACCGGGGAUAACUGGCAGGACAUCAUGUGGAGCGGCACGGACGUCAACGGCGAGCUCAACGAGCCGGUGUACAAGAACAAGCCGAACAACGCGUUUUACUUUGUCGCCGUCGUCCUCAUCGCGUUUUUCUUCUGGGCCAACUUAUUCGUGUCGUCGCUCGUGGAUAACUUCUCGCAAGUCGCGAGCAAGCUGAAGGGCGAAGAAGGCGGCGGCGGAAUGGGGUACUCGUACUCCGAGUCCCAGAGGAAGUGGUUCCAGGCGUUGAAGCUCGCCACCGAGCGCGCGAGCGACGAGUGGCGGUACGUCAACGCGAAGACGCUCAAUCACUUCCGUCGGUUCUGCCUGCGCGUGCGCAAGUGGAAGCACUGGGAGCGGAUGGUCGUCGUCGUCCUCCUCGGAAACGCGUUGCAGCUCUGCUUCGUGCGCGACGACCCGAGCGCGACGGAGGAGGAGAUCAUGGACGGCUUCAGGAUCGGCUUCACCGUGUUGUACGUGCUCGAGACCAUCGUGAAUAUCGCGGCGAUGACGUGGGCGGUGUAUUGGGAGUCCACGUGGCACAAGAUUGACUUCGUCGUGACCGUGUUUGGGAUCAUGGAGCUCGUCGCGGAGACUUCGAAAGCGAACGGCGACAUGGUCACCGUUUUUAGCGCCGCGCGUUUCUUCCGCCUCGUCAAGGUGCUCAAAUCCAGCGCCGGGCUUCGGACGCUCGUGGACACGUUUCUCUCCGCGAUUCCGGGGAUGUCCAACAUCUUCUUUCUCAUGCUCCUCCUCAUGCACAUCUACGCGUGCUUAGGCUGCGCGCUGUACUCGUCUAUUCCGGAGUACUACGACGGCGCGAACGCGUUCGGUUUGACGCCGUACACGAACUUUCAGAACUGGCCGAACGCGAUCGCGCUUCUGUACGUCGUCAUCACCGGCAACUGGGCCGGCUCCUUCCACGACGUGUACUGGACCUGCGCGACGAAAGCGACGCACCCGACGUUGGGGACGUACGGCGAGACGUGCGGUUACCGCGAGACCGCGCCGGUGUACUUCUUCACUUUCGUCAUCUUCGGCAUCUGCCUCCUGUGCAACCUCUUCGUCGCCAUCUUGUUGGAGCGGUACGACUACUCGUCCACGAUGGAGGGCGUGUACGACGACAGGAACCCGUUCGACAUGCUCCGGCGGCUGAACAUCUUGAGGCAGUUCGCGUACAAAGUCCGCAACCGGAUGAGAGUGCGCCGAGCGGAGGCGAUCAUCCUGAAAGAGAAGGGCGAGGGGGCGCUGGCGUCGGCGUCGCCCGGAACGCCCGCCGGAUCGCCGUUCGGCGGCGCGGGGAGCGCCACGGGCGCGACGCCGCUGAGCGAAGCGGGGAAGCGCGCGCUUCGCGACGCGCUCGUCGAGAGGAUGCGGUCGAGCCCGAACAAAGACCCGGCGUUCCUCGCGGACGAGGCGAUGGGGGUGAUGUUCCCGAAGUUCGCGCCGUCGCCGCUCGGGCGCGGCGGCGCGGGGGCGACGCCGACGAAAGACGCGGGGAUGAAGAACUGGCUCAAACGAAGAGGAUUCAUCGGCGGAGGCGUCUACGACGACGCGGAGUUCAACAGGGUAGUCAUGGGCGGGAAGCCCGGUGUGGCACGUCGUUUGGAUGAGGACUCCGCGGCGGACGCGGAUUCGGAGUACAUCGACGACGCGGUGGAGAACGCCAAAAGCCCCGAGAGACGGAGGAGCGGACGCGCGAGCGUCGACGAGGAGCCAGCUCCGAAGCCGGCGAACUGGUCGCCCACGUUAACUUACUUACACUUGGCGCGGAGCAGCGGCGACGUCUCCGUCGCCGCCGCCACCGCGGUUCGCCUCGCCGCGACUCUCUUGCCGGCGAUCGCCGCGACGACGGCGACGACGCCGAAAGCGCCCGCGACCGCGAUCGUCGACGACGACGACGAUGAGGACGCCGCGAGGGAGGGCGCCCCGAGGCUCGCGGCGAGCUCGGCGUCCGGAUGCAGCUCGAGCAUCUCCACGAUGUCCCUCGGCGGAAGCAUCGAGUGCGCGUUGCACUGACACUCCACGCCGUCGCGGGAUAAAAACGAGUCCUUCGCGUUGUCCUCGGUCUUGUCCGUCAUCGCGAACGUCUCGGAGAUGCAUUCGGUCUCGCCGCUCGCGUCCGCCUGCUUCGCCCACCACCGCGCGGUGUGACUCGCGUCGUGCUUCGCCUGUAACACGCUCCUCCACGACUCGUCCGCGACCUCUUGAGGCUCGCCGUGCGGCGUCGGAUUCCCGAUUCGGACGGCGCCGCCGGCGGGGCAGGCGCACGUCUCGCCGUUCCCGGCGCAACGCGUCCACCCGUGGCGUCCUUCAGGGCGCGCGAACCCGGAGAAAUCGCCGCUAGUUUCGUCGGCGAAGACGACGACGUCCAAGCCGAGCUGACGCGGCGUCGCGUUCGAUGCGAGACACUCGCAGACGUUCGUCGCGGCGGCGGCGGCGCUCGCGGUCGAUCCGGCGGGAGGGACGGUCGACGCGACGUCCCCGAACGAGGUCGCCGCGCACGUCGUCGG